AUGGCAGCCGCGCGACGUGGUGUCAUCCUCCUCACCGGCGCUCCAGACAGCGAGCAUCUGACGUGGGAUGAACAGCUUCUUCUCAGCGACUUCGACGGCCGCUCAAAAAGAUAUCUACACACUGAAACACCACCCACCGAUGCCUCUCUUCUUCCAACGCCCUCGGGGGCUCACCACGCCAAAUGGCGGUCGAUACCACUGGACGGCGUGGUAUACGGUGAUCCUGCGGCUCCAAACGAUGCACUACGAGGCGCCCCUCAUCUUCCAAAUGGAGACACGGCAGACGACGACUUCCUCGAACACUCCAUAGCAAUCCUCGAGAACCUCGACAGCUCGCAGAUAAUCAGCACAAACCACCCCGACAACAACACCUCCGAUCUCCAAAUGACAACCUUCAUCUCCUUCCUCUCAACAAACACAUCAGACACCAACACCUCCUUCAACGCGACCUGCACCUCUCCGACCUCCAAUUCCCCACUCACAACGACCACAACCGCAACCUCCGUCAAACUCCCAGGCCAAUUGACAGACCUCAAACGCCUCCCUCCAGCCGCAGAAAUCACCCGUCUCCUCCCGCAAACAAUCACCGUCAACCUCCUCGUAGCCCUCAUAACCCUCACCCUAACUCGCUCGGUCCCCCUUCGCCGGCCCCGGCAUAAGAACAAAGGCACAACCUCAAUGGACAUUCUAGAGCUCAUCGUAGGCGACGAAAGCCGCGCGGGUUUCCGCGUUACCUUCUGGCUGCAUCCACCGCCUCCUGCUGUCAAUAAUCCAACUACAGAGGACAUCAGGGAAGACGAAGAUGCCCCUCUCCGCAAGAGUCUUCUGCGUUUGCGGCCGGGAAACAUCCUACUGCUAACGAAUGUGGCUCUCUCGAGUUGGCGAGGGAAUGUCUACGGCCAGAAUUUGGGUCGGCGGUUCGCGAGGGGGAAUGCUACGGGCUUGAGCGUUUUGUCGGAUGUGGAGAGUCCGCAGGUGGUGAGUGGGGGUGGAAGGCCUUCGAUGACGGUUAUGGAGAAGUGGAGGCGGGUCAGGGAUUGGAGUGCGGAGUUUGUAGGCGGGGUGCGCAGGGUGGAGGAGGUUGGUGGUGAUGGUGGUGCGAAGGGUAGGGGGAAGGAGAGGGUGAUGCUGCCGCCUGAUACGCAAGACUGA